CGGCAAUGUGUUUGUCGGAAUACUGCUCUCAAUACCUCACACAGCAAGUCUCGAUUAAACCUCAAUUUGGAAUCUCUAUCCUCACCACAAACAAUGACAAAAUCCAUCCUCCUGAUCAACGGCCCGAAUCUCAAUUUACUAGGGACACGACAACCAGAGCUCUACGGCUCAACAACGCUCUCAGACGUCGAAUCAAAUGGCAAAAAACAAGCUGAAGACUUGGGCGCCGUUCUUGAAACCUAUCAAUCCAAUUACGAAGGCGCUAUUAUCGACAGGAUUCACGCUGCGAGGAACAAUGUCGACGUCAUCGUGAUCAACCCGGCUGCAUUCACACACACGAGUGUUGCUAUCAGGGAUGCGUUGUUAGGAGUCGAUAUACCUUUUAUCGAGAUACAUAUUACGAAUACGCAUGCGAGGGAAAAGUUUAGACAUCAUAGCUUUUUGUCGGAUAAAGCGGAGGCGGUUAUUAUUGGCUUGGGAACUUUUGGGUACACGGCGGCUAUUGAGCAUGCGGUGAAGAAUGUGAAGUCUAGACGGCAAUAA